CUUGUGUUAAGUGCUUCCAUACAAAACUAAACUUCUCCCUUUUAUCUUUCACAUAAUGGCAUUUCCUGUUAAUAUUCUCUUUAUAGUUUCUGCAAUGAUCUUCGUUGUGCUAAAUCCAGUACAAAGCGCUACGUCUAAUGGCUCUUUCACCCGUUCUCGGGCAGGAUUCUACCCAAACUCUGAUGACAAAGGAUCAGAAACUGGUAGAUGUGGGUACGAUUCGUUUGGAGCAAUAAUCAACAAUGGGGAUGUAGCAGCUGUAUCUAAUCUUUAUCAUGAUGGUGUCGGAUGUGGUGCAUGCUACCAGGUGAGGUGUAUCAACAAUAAAAACUGCACGGAUGAAGGAGUGACCGUUGUUAUAACUGACCAAGGAUCCAGUGACGGAACAGACUUCAUUAUGAGCAAGAAAGCCUUCCGUAAGAUGGCUCAGUCUACAUAUGCAGCAUCAUCUCUACUAUCACAUGGAAUCGUGGACGUUGAAUAUAGAAGGGUUCCAUGCAUAUACCCAAAUUAUAACAUUACCAUAAAGAUUAAAGAGAGUAGUAAUUACCCAUAUUACCUUGCUUUUGUCAUAUGGUACCAACAAGGACAAAAUGACAUCACUGCAGUGCAACUAUGUGAGACAAAAAAUUUCAACUGCAAACUGUUAGAUAGAAGCUAUGGAUCGGUGUUUACAACAACCUCGCCACCUAGGGGGCAAUUGUCUCUAAGGAUGCUAUUAAGCGGUGAAGAUGGAGAUGAAAAUUGGGUUGUUCCAGUUAAUAAUAUACCCGAGAAUUGGAAGAAAGGGGACAUAUAUGACACUGGGGUACAAGUAGCUAUAUAAGCAACUGACUAUUUAUCAGCCAUUUUUUUAUACAUUAGCAUCAACUUAAAGACCACAAUAAGCAGAGAAUGAUCAUCUUUAGUAUGUUGGAACUUUCUAUUUAUUAUUUUUAGCACAUUUCUUGUGAUUGAUUUUGUUUUUACGGCCAUUUAUUUCCAAUAUAUAGGUUCUAUGUUUGAUUUGUUGAUAUUUUGAUACCUUGUAAGAUUUUACCAAACUAUACGAAAAGUGUGUCCAUUUAUUUGCAUA